GCCUUUGAGCUGGCAACGGGAGACUAUCUCUUCGAGCCUCAUUCUGGAGAAGAUUACUCACGGGAUGAAGAUCACAUUGCAUUGAUCAUAGAACUUCUGGGGAAAAUACCUCGCAAGCUCAUUUUGGCAGGAAAAUAUUCCAAGGAGUUUUUCACCAAGAAAGGUGAUCUGAAGCACAUCACCAAACUCAAGCCUUGGGGCCUUUUUGAAGUCUUGGUGGAAAAAUACGAGUGGUCCCAAGAGGAGGCAGCCGCAUUCACAGACUUCUUAUUACCCAUGCUGGAGCUGAUCCCAGAGAAACGAGCUACAGCAGCAGAGUGUCUCAGGCACCCCUGGCUUAACUCGUAG